UAUUGGUCCCUCCCUCAAAACAUGGUGGUUGGUGUGUGGGACUGUUAGUCAGGAACAGGAGUGGACACUUGACAAAAACAAAGCGAACUACACAAGAAAAGAAAAAUAAACUGAAAGUAAAAAAAAAGAUAUUUACACGUUGUUGUUGCUACUCAACUGGACCGUUCAGAAGGGGAGCGCUGCAGGUUGGAAAGAAAAGCUUUAAGACACUAAGGCUAGAAGAAAGCUGCUAUGUCACAAUCUGAAGUCCUGGCAGUGAUCUGAAGAAACGCCAAGCAGCUGUAGCUCUUGGCUUUGGAAAGAAACACUCAGCUGUGGAUUAAUUCAGUCCCAUGGUCUAAUGUACAAGAACAACCAUGUUUACUAAGAAGAAAAAGCAACGAAUUGAGAUUUCGGCCCCCUCCAAUUUUGAACAUCGAGUGCACACUGACUUUGAUGAGCGGGAACAGAAGUUUAUUGGGCUGCCACGACAAUGGCAGGGCAUUAUCGAAGAGUCGGCCAAAAGGCCCAAACCUCUGAUCGAUGCUUCAUGUAUCACUACAGUCGAGCCACGCAAGAUGAUUGUUCGUGGCAGCAAAAUUGGCGUAGAUGGCUCUUUGACCUGGCUGCUAGAUGAGUUUGAGACCAUGUCUGUAACACGCUCCAACUCUCUUAGACGGGGAAGCCCCCCUUCACAGCCCCGCAGAGACUCCUCAUCUUCUGGUGGCCAGGAGAAUGGAACUCAAGUCAGUGAAGUUCACUCCAGGACUCCAGGAGAGGGGCAUAAAGGAGGUCAUGAUCGACAAAAGGAGAGGCCCAAACAGGCAGACAAAGAAGUGGGAAGGGACAAGCAAGGUCAUGGACAAUCUCAUAAACCUCCCAAGUCUCAUCGAGGGGAAGAGCACCGACCCCAUCAGCAGCCUCGAGGGCAGGAACCAAGUUGGAACUAUGACAGAGGUCCUCCACCACCUCCCCCUCAAAGUAUUCAUUCUAAAAGCGAAGGAGGCAGUGGCAGAAAAGAAAGAUCAGACAGAGAAGCAAGUAUUUAUAAUCAUCAUUUACAGGAAGAUGAACGUGCAGGUAAAAGGGACACUGCACCAGACAAAAGGCCCAAAUCCUCAUAUACUGGCCCAGAAACUAGCCCUCAAUCACCCAGGGACAAACGACCACUCUCUGGACCAAAUAUUCGUACUCCUAAUCUUCCUGUGACUGAUGGGGUUAUUAAAACCACUCAGCAGUCGGGUCGGCCUUUUAAUACUUACCCACGGGCAGAAACGGACUCUGGCAGGGUAGCUGGCAACCAACAGGCUGACCUCAAAUCUGGCCGGUCACUUGAAGGUCCUGCUUAUAAUGGCCCAACAAGUGGAAUCAACAGCAAAAAUGGCAGCAGUAAUGUUGGAAGCACAGGACGAACAAAUCAGGCGCAGCCCCGUGGUAUACCAUCAGAUUCUCAUUCCCAUCAUCAUCAUUCCUCACAUCCAGCUUUGACGCCCCACUCUUCAGAACCUCAUCUAGCUCAUCACAGCCAGUCCAACACCAGUAAUGUGCAUCCACCUCAGCUUCAGUCAUCAACACAGCCUGUCAUUCCAGGUGGACCUCAGACCCGUUCUCCUCAAAGGGAACCACAACGUGUCUCUCAUGAGCAGUUUCGUGCAGCACUUCAAAUGGUUGUUGAUCCUGGAGACCCCAGAACCUACCUAGACCAUUAUAUCAAGAUUGGAGAAGGUUCAACAGGGAUUGUCUGCAUUGCUACUGUCAAGAGCACUGGUCAGCUAGUGGCUGUCAAAAAAAUGGACUUGCGUAAACAGCAAAGACGGGAGCUGCUUUUCAAUGAGGUUGUUAUAAUGAGGGACUACCAGCAUGAAAAUGUGGUGGAGAUGUACAAGAGUUACCUUGUUGGGGAUGAACUUUGGGUUGUAAUGGAGUUCCUUGAGGGAGGUGCUUUGACCGACAUUGUUACACACACAAGGAUGAAUGAGGAACAGAUUGCAGCAGUAUGCCUGUCUGUAUUGAAAGCACUCUCUGUCCUACAUGCCCAAGGUGUCAUUCACAGGGACAUCAAGAGUGAUUCAAUUUUGUUGACGCAUGAUGGAAGAGUGAAGCUCUCAGAUUUUGGUUUCUGUGCUCAAGUGUCAAAAGAAGUGCCACGUCGCAAAUCCUUAGUAGGAACCCCUUACUGGAUGGCCCCAGAGCUCAUCUCUAGACUGCCUUAUGGGCCAGAGGUUGAUAUCUGGUCUUUAGGUGUUAUGGUGAUAGAGAUGGUGGAUGGAGAGCCACCAUAUUUUAAUGAGCCACCACUUAAAGCAAUGAAAAUGAUCCGAGAUAACUUACCACCCAAAUUAAAAAAUCUCCACAAGGUCUCUCCGUUGCUUAAAGGCUUCUUGGACAGAAUGCUGGUACGAGACCCAGCACAGAGAGCAACGGCUACAGAGCUCCUUAAACACCCCUUCCUUACUAAGGCGGGCCCGCCAUCCUGCAUAGUACCCUUGAUGAGGCAGAACAGAAUGAGAUGAGAAACACUACACUUGGAGUAAAUUUCCCCUCAGAUUUGGGGUAGAGAAAACUUCAGGGAGCUCAAAUAAUGAGACUUUUUAAUCGGUUGCCUUUAUAACAGCUUAAAGAAUUACAGUUUUGUAUUCUUGAUUUUUUUUUUUUUACUUUCAAUUCCUUUUUCCCCCCCUGAAGUGUUAAUUCUCUUCCACUUUACAGUGUAGCAUCACUCUGAUUUAAAGAUCAAUGAACCAAACAUUCCUUGGAAGACUGGACUGGAUGAUGAUAAUAGUUAGUAUAUUUGGCCUUACUUGAUACUUUACUGGAGCAUUUUGAAGGGAUCUGCUUAGUUUUUCACAAAAUACAAUGAUAAAGCAUUCUAAAGCGUUAGUAUUUUAUGAUGUGGAAGAGGAGGUCAUUUAAUGACAUUUCACAAAAAUUUGGUUUUAUGAAUGAAGCACAUUUUCAGUGGUAAAUUGAUAUGAAAACAAAAAUCUGGAUUUUUUUUUUUUUUUUUUUACAAAAUUUGUUGUGAGAACACUACUGUUAAUACUGACGGGACAACACUAGAUAGUUACUACUGACGAAGGAAAAAAAAAAAAUAUAUAUAUAUAUAUAAACUCUGGUAAAGUACUUCUUUUUUAAAGAACUAUUUGUGUUAUGAAGAGUGACACUACACAAGAUUGACACUGGAAUUGGUUUUUUUUUAUUAUUAUAAAUAUAUUAUAAAUACAUUUAUAUAAUUCUUCUGUGAAAAGCUGGAUUAGUUGUGUUUUUUUAAUAGAAGCUGCACAGAUGUAAAAAUUGCUAAAAUAUUGAAUUAAGUAUGAUCAUCUGGGAGAGAGGAGCAAUUUCUUUUAAAAUGGCAAGGGAUAGAGUUGAUUGUAAUUUUGUAUAUUUCAGUAUGGUAGCCUUUAAAAUUUGGCAGGUACUUUUGUUCUUAUUACAAAUUAACGUUUUUUGUAACCAGGAUUUUAUUUCUCAUCAGUGCAGAAAAAAAUCACUCCAUAAUGAAAAGGUACAUAAUAUACUUGGGGUUAAACAUUAUGACUAAUUGUUUUGGAAGUAGCAUGAAAGAAUUCUGGUGACAUUAAUAAGGCGGAGGAGCAUGUAGUCAUAACCAGUACCGCUGUCUCAUCUUUUAACAGCAAGUUGGCCUUGACAUUAAACUGCUCUUGCAGGGCAGCCAUGCGUGUUUUAGUUUGUGACUCCGUUUCUCAUAUUUCAACAAGCUAUCAAGAAAGUAACGCUGACACACUGUCUGUAAUCUAGGAGAUAGAUAUUCAAGGACUCUGGUAGUCAUGUCAUUGAUGUCUUUCAAAAUUCCAUUCAACUUAUUUGGAAUCAAGUAAUGGUGUAAUGGUAUUUUAAUUAUUAGAGUAUCCAUGGAAUAAAUUGAAGUAAAAAUUAAAGGGCAAAUACAGCAUUUAAGAAAGUUGAGCUUAAAGUGAGCUGUGUAUAAUGUAAUAAGGAACACUUAAGUCAGUGGAUACACAACGCAACAGGAGUGCCCACCUUUUAAUAUAACUUGUAAAAUCUAUUUAUUUAUUUUGCUGAACUGGUAACUAUUGAUAACUGGUUUUACCCAAAUUACAACGUGCUGAUCAUUUACGUUAAGUUUCUUGCCAGAUUUGUUUUUUUUUUUUUGUUUUUUUUUGGAUGGAUGUGCUAUGUAUGUAUUUUUAUCACAUAACAGUAUUCUGUAUUUGGAUUGCUUUAAUCUGGAUGCUAAUGUUUGAUUGCUCUUUUCUCUCCCCAAUAUUUAGUUUUUAUCUGUUUUAGAAAAAUGAAAAAUGUUUGCAUCAUGGAGAUUUAAAUAGUUUUACAAAUACAGUUUUAAAAUGAA